AUGUCUGGCGCCGCGACCUCCGACACCCCUAUCCCCCAACUCACUGUCAUCAAGGUGAGGAUGGUUGCCCAUACAAUAAUGGGCGCUGUCGUCCCUGGGGCCCAAUUGAGCCAAGAUCCCUGGUCCAUUUACCUCCUAACCCCGGGUGGUGGCUCUGUGAGGCUGAACAUGGAGUGGGUGCUUGGGACGGUGGAGGACAAGGGCACUUUCACCGUCAAAAGGCAUUUGUAUGCACAUUCGAACAGUGAGGUCAGAGUAUUUGAAUAUGAUGUCCUCCCCAACACCAAAGUCGAGACUUUCUUGCAGAUCGUGCGCGAAAAGAAGAGGCACAACUACAAAAUGACUCCCACCGGCGUUGGUUGCCGCUUUUCGGUAUUGACCGUUUUGCAAGACUGGACGCAAGCAGGGUUAAUCACAACCACUAACGCCGUGCAUCAUAUCACCUUCGUCAUAGGUUUCAACUAUUCGAAAGGCCAGACGCCCAUAAAACUCGACAUAAAGGAAGGCGAAUGGCUUUAG